AUGCAGUUAAGAAUAGAAAAAAUACAAUUUUUGUUUCAAAAUGAAGAGAUUUCAGAACACUUUAACAAACUGAUGUUUAAAUGCGAACAUGCGUAUUGGCACUACAUUGACUUAAUUCUGGAAAAUCCAAAAGAACCAGGAAUUUCUCAUUCCGAGUUUGUAUUCCAACUACUGAAAUGCUCCAAAAAAACUGAAAAUUAUGUAGAUAAUUUUCAUAAAAAUUUUCAGAAAUGGGUGGAAUACAAAACUCAGAUUCCAACGUGUGGAGCCAUUUUGUUGGAUCCUUCACUUCAAUUCUGCGUAAUGGUGCAAGGGAGCAGUGGGAAGUGGGGGUUUCCGAAAGGAAAGAUGGGAGAAGGUGAAGAGCCUGCUGAUUGCGCUAUACGUGAGGUUAGCUACGCCUUCCUUUUUCAAUUUAAAAAUCAGACUAUGACAGACAGAAUCUGCCACUGA